UUCAAAGCUACAUUUUACAUAUUCCUCCUCACUGUACACAACCAUACGAGUAUACUGCCACUCCAAAUAAUGUAUUAUCUAUACUGCACCAGAGAGUGUCCCCUGAUGUCCAGGGCAUGAUCACACUGGCUUUGUAUACUGACUCCUAGCAGCUAUGCCCCACUCCUCUAGCAACAUGUGGGAUGUAUCUGCCAUAUUCUGCUUCUUUAAAGAAAAAUACAGAUAUCUGUUGCAGGGCUCAAGACUGUUCUGGCACUUUUAGAUGAGCAGUCAAACCCCCUACAUACGAUUAUUUUCUAGUUUUACCUGGAUUACUAUUUUAACAGCCAGUAUGGUGUUGUCAGUGCAGCAUAUACAAUCCCGGCUCUGCUACAUGCAGAUUUCACACACCCUAGAAGCACUGUCAUUACUUGUUUAUGCCACAGGGAUUUUACUUUGACACAUUAGUUUAUGUGUUGCCAUGCUAAAUAGGUCAUAUGUAAGUAUCGAUAGGCCAGUAAUCAUUGAGCUGUAUUCAUAUCUGCUGUUGGAUAUAGACUCCAAUACAGUUAUACACAUCCCAACAUACACAGUCAUGACAUUGUAUGGCUGACAUCCACUUCUACCUCUGAAUAUCAGGACAUUAAUGGCUCGAUAUAGGCUGCACCUUGUAGCUAUAGAUGUAAUAUCGACCAUGCAGUGUGACAAUUCUCCACGUGAAUGACAGCACAGACCCAAGGCUCUGAGUAAACAGCAGCAGCAUUAUAGCACUAUCUAAUAUUAUAUUGUACAGCUGGGAAGUCAUAGGAGGGCAUUGCUGCUCUGUGUAAGGUAAUAGCAUUCAGAUUAGUCACUGUAGGCGGCACACAUAUUAAAGCAGAGGAGGCGAUCAGUCCUAAUAUCAGUGCAUAACACGUUACAUACAUAGGAUUACAUACAUAGGGCAGAGCAGCUUCCUCCAGGAGUCAGGGGCGACCAUGACUAAUCUGGGCACAUUUGUGGCUAUGGUGUAGGCUGUGGUGGUGUGAUCUGACUGUGAUUAGUAUUGAUCCCUGGUGGUGUCCUCUGGAUUUUAGGCUGAUGAUGUUCCAGCUGCAGUCAAGUCUAUAAGGGGUGACUUGCAGUGCAUUUAUCAUCCUGGUGUUUCCUUAUCCGGGGUGCAGAGCAGGCUACUGAUUGGCUGGCUGGGUCACAUGGGUGUGUAACUUUGCACACUUGACAGGGAGUAGGAGGGUUCUGUGCAGAACAGAAAAACGACAACGGGAGAAAAAAUUGUAUUUUUUUGUUGCACUUGCACAAAUUAAUGGCCAUGAGUUCGUUUUUGAUAAACUCCAACUACAUCGAGCCGAAAUUCCCACCCUGCGAGGAGUAUGCCCAAAACAACUACUUGCACAACCAGUCUCCCGACUACUACGAGCGGCCGAGGGAGCCGGGCUUCGAGGCUCCUCCUGAGGCUCUCUACCAAGGUCCGAGCCCUUACCCUGAAGCCAGCUAUGGGUACGGCCCCCUGACGGCGGGCCACGAAGCUGGGGUGACCCAGGAGGGGGUCUCUGGCAAAGGACACAGGCAAUCUCAGCAACUUCUCCAAAGCCACGUCCUCAGGCAGCCUCCACCACCACCACAGCACUGUGAGCCUAUAGGAGCGGCCAAUGACAGCAGCAUCCAUCCCGAGAAGACUGCUGCUGGCCUCAAAAGCAGCAAAGAACCAGUUGUCUACCCAUGGAUGAAGAAAAUACACGUCAACACAGUGAACCCAAAUUACACUGGCGGAGAAAUCAAAAGGUCUCGAACUGCCUACACCAGACAACAAGUAUUAGAGCUGGAGAAGGAGUUCCACUUUAACCGUUACCUUACCAGACGCCGGAGGAUAGAGAUUGCCCACACGUUAUGUCUUUCUGAACGCCAGGUCAAGAUCUGGUUCCAAAACAGGAGGAUGAAGUGGAAGAAAGACCACAAAUUGCCCAACACUAAGAUGCGCUCUGCCAACCCAUCAGUCUCAAGUCAACAGUCCAAAGGACAGGGCCAUCAGCACACAGAGGGGUCCAGCACCCCAUUAUUAUAAGGCUUUAAUUGCAUUGAUCCAAUUGCUGGUAAUCACUUGGACCAAAUGACUAUGGAAGGAAACAAACAAAGCUCCUUGAUAUUGAUGGAUACAAAGCCCUUGUUCCAACCAGGACUCUUCUAAAAUCAAGGAAAUGGAUGGAGACUUCUCUUGAUUUAUUUAUGUACUUGACCGUAUACGUAUAAAAACUGAGAGUGUAUAUGUGUAUAUGAAUAUUGACAUAUAGUUCAGUGUAUACAUAGGUAGAAAAAAACUAUUUUGUAUACGAGACACAUACGUCACAGAUGCAUUUAUGGGAUAGUAUGUGAUAAAGGUAUGGACUGAUAUAUUACACAUAUACCUAUAGCUGUGAGUAUUUAAGAAGCAACAAUUUUUAAGGAUUUAUUUAAUGGCUUCUUGAAGAAGAAACGAGUAGGUUCUGUAAAUACUAGCUGGAAGAAGAAGAAAAAAAAUGUUUCUGUAGACACAAAAUAACUGUUUUCCCUCUCCCUUUGAGGUCAAUGUAUGUUUAACACUUUCCCUGUAUGUUAGGAUCUCAGUAGAAGGCCUUUGAUCGCCUUGAAGGCGAGAAAACCUUGUAGAUACAGUGGUGGUACAUAUUGUGGACUUUGUGCUGUAAUAUUGUGGUGCUAAGCCAGAAGAAUAUUCUGUCAAAAUUAAAGAUUUCAAAAACA